GUUACGUUUUUCCGCUCGGGUGACAAUAAUUAACGAGCACGGUGGUAAUUGACGGGUCGUCAAUAAAGAAACACGGCACACCUCCUCGGCAGGAUGCAGGAAAAACCGUCCCCGACUGCUGCCACACCAGCGAAGGUAAAAACGGACAGUUGGAUGGAAGACGCCUCGAUUGGUCGAUCACUGUCGACCUUAACGAGCGCUACCACGAAGAGCGGACGCAAAUUCUUAAACAUUCUGGAGAUGGAGCGUUUUAGCAACAGUAACGUGGAGUCCUUGGACGAAAGCAACGCCGUCGUAGAGCACAAUCCAAUUGAUGAUAUUCCCGUGUUGCCCGAUGCGGACGAUAUUCACGAGAGUUUACUGUACAACGAGAGUCCUAAUCUGCCGACUGUAACGACGUACAAAGAUCUUGGUUCGGAUAUUUUUGCAAACGGGAAAGCUUCGGCACUCGGUAAUCUAGACGAGAUCAACAUUUCCAUCCUAACCGAGUGCUUGGAAAGCGAAGAAGACAUCGAGGAGCCGGACGAAGUGUGGAGCUGGGACCAACUGUUUACUCAGCUGUCGGUUAAAAUAAGUACCGAAACGAAGGCACCCGUUGCCGAGUUUAGCAACUAACGCGGCGUUUCUUAUGGUGAAGGGAACUAGCUUUAAGGUGGUGGUAAAUUUAUUCAAUCAUUAACAUUACUAUUACUGUUGGAACUAUCCAUGACCAGAAGGGUUUCUUCAUCGAGAUGCUGCAAGUUUUCCGGUAGCAGCAUGUCGUCCGAUGCCAGUGGCAAGAUAUCACAAAUCUUGGACGAUUCCACGUUCAAUACGUACUCGCACGGCCGCGGCUCGAGCAGAUAGAGGCCAAUCGCGUCCGACGUGGCCGAGUGUUCCGUGCACUUGAGCUUUACCUCCACGUGACGAGGCUGAUUGGUUUUGUCGCAAACAUCGCCCCCAGUGUAGAAGUGGCUGAUCUGAUUGUCGUUCUUUCGCGUGAAGCGCACUAGCGGAUUCUUUUCCAGCCACUCGCGGUGUUUGUCCACGUCAAAGUAUCCCAAAUAGAUCGACGUAUCCUUGUGAUACUGACGCACGUGUUUGCCAAAGCAAAGCUCAAACUUCCACCAACCAGAACCCUGCGGGACAGGAACAUUACAAUCGCGCUCUCUCAACGAUUAGUUUCAUUAUCCAAUGUUACUCACUCCCGGUAAACAGUAUGCUCCGUCCAAGAAUUCCAGCAGCGAAGUUAGUUCCUUAGACUUUUUCGGACGUCUGGUCAUCGAUGAAACGGGCGUAGUGCCCUCGUCCGCCACAUCGACCACUUUCCAAUCGAACGAGUACGAAGUGUCCUUCCGUAUCGGCUCGCCUCGCGCCGAGCCGUCCUGCAAACGCACAAAAUGUAACAUUAAGUUGCAUAUGAGCAACAGCGAUGAACUUCUUGCGCCACAGUGUUAGCAAAAUUGUAUCACUCAACAAGCGUCACACCCUUGGCACCGAGUGCGACCCAAAGCUGAAGAAAAUAGAAACCAACCUCGUUCAAUUCUGGCAUUUCAAAUCCCAACACGUCGCUUAUAGUCACCUGAUAAAAUAGGAAACGAAACGGAAAACGAAAGAAAAAAUA